AUAAACUCGAUUCUAGUUCAGAACAGAGUGAAAUUACUAAACUGGAAUUUAUACGGAUAAUUUUGUAAAAGACAUUGUUGUAAUAUUACUAUUUGUGAUCAAUUUUUUACACAAAAUUUAGAACGCGCGACAAAAAAGUACUUUUGUUAUUAUUUAAUGAGAUAUUUGGGCAUAUAAAAUGGCCAGCAUGGUUCCUGUUUUUCUUGUAUUUCUGCCGAUUAUUCAUUCGUCGUUUGGUGCCGUUAGUCUUAACCUGAAAGGAUCGUUCGUCGUCAAAAGUCCGGCGUUCUCCACUCUAUACAAGGAUACAUCGCCACAGGGUUCGAAACCAAAGUACAAUCUGAUCGUCUCUACGUUUGCUGGACCAACGAUCUUCGGCCCCAGUGUAGACAGCGUCCAGCUUGUGCGAGAUAUGGGCAUGCGCAUGAAUGAUAUAAGUAGCAUCACACCGGAAGUGAUCACCAAAAGUGUCAUCUGGCCAAACGAAAUCUCCGUCGUUCCAGAUGGAAUUUUCCAAGAACACCUGCUUGCGAUUCCGGACGGAUUUUUGGUUCCCACCAAGACAAAUGGUGCUAUUAAACUUGUGGACGUUUCAACACCGGGACACAGUGUCGGGCCAUUUAUAGUGAGCGAGCAGUCUAACGGGGAAUGGUUUUACCAUCGUGUCGAGUGGAAGGACAUGGAUGGAGACGGGGAUCAGGAUAUUGUCACGUGCAGGGCUCGGGAGCCGAUAAUUCCAAUCAUAUUCGGUAGAAAAGAUGAGGAAUUAGUGUGGCUGGAGAAUCCAUCCGGCAAUUACAAGACCACGUGGAAGACGCAUGUGCUCGCGCACGGGCCUGACGUCUACUUUCGAUUAGCUCAACUGGCGACCGGCGACGGGGCUAAGCCCUGCAUAUUCACCGCCCAAUUCUUUACUGAGAGUAUAUCCGUGUAUUGGUCAACCAAUAAGAAUGGGCUUUUCACGAACGCGACAGAGCUUCAAUCGCGAGUGAUUGACAACUCUAUUGGACGGGUGUUUGACGUAGAACUAGCUGACCUUAACAACGAUGGUCGUGUAGAUCUUCUGGUGACCACGAACGGAAACAACGGGUCGCUACUGGCGUAUGAGAUACCGGACGACUUUCGGACGGGUCGCUUUAUCAAACACGUGAUCGCCGUUGGUUUCACUCCGAGAAAGCCGGGUACCGGAAAGGGUGCCCCCGGAAGCGCAAUUGCUGUUCACGCGCAGACGAACGACACAAACUCAAAGCCAAUUAUAUUACUGUCGGGCGAUGAUGACGGCCGCGCGUAUGCGUUCGAAGCCUCCAACGUAAGUCCGACAGACUGGAAUUACCGGAAAUCAACGUUCGUUGACGCUGGUGAUGGUACCGUCGGUGAGUUGUCUGCCGGCGACGUCGACGGCGACGGAUAUUCGGACGUGUUUGCGCCGUCUUUUAAUGAAAACAAAGUUUACGUUUACAGUUUUAAAACCGGAAGUGGCGGUUCUACAAUUAUGGGAUAAAUGCAUUCAUGUUACAAAGUAACAACUGUUUACCAUGAGAAAUUGUAGUUCUCAAUAUUCUUCAUAUUUAUCGUUUAUGUUAAUAAAUCGCUUGAGAAUAAAAGAUGAUACAAACAUA